GCCGCCGCGAUGGGACGCCGCGCCCCAGCUCCUGCGCGCCGCUGAGCCGAGAGCCGCCUAGCCCAGCCGCGCCACCCACCGCUGCCCUUCGCUUCCCCCCUCACCCCCGGCUCCCGGAGCCUAGUCCGCGACCCCCUGGGAAAACUGGAUUUCCGAGGCUGGAGGCGCCUGGCCGGCUGGGUGGGGACCACCAUGGGCAACGCGGCCGGCAGCGCCGAGCAGCCCGCGGGCCCUACCGCGUCGCCCCCGAAGCAGCCGGCCGUCCCCAAGCAACCGAUGCCGGCGGCCGGGGAGCUGGAGGAGAGGUUCACGCGGGUCUUGAACUGUAUGAACUUGCCUCCAGACAAGGUCCAGCUGCUGAGCCAGUAUGACAAUGAGAAGAAGUGGGAGCUCAUCUGUGACCAGGAGCGGUUUCAAGUCAAGAAUCCCCCUGCAGCCUACAUCCAGAAGCUGAAGAGCUACCUGGAUACUGGCGGAGUCAGCCGAAAGGUAGCAGCCGAUUGGAUGUCCAAUCUGGGGUUUAAGAGGCGAGUUCAGGAGUCUACACAGGUGCUGCGGGAGCUGGAGACGUCCCUGAGGACAAACCACAUUGGGUGGGUGCAGGAGUUCCUCAAUGAAGAGAACCGAGGCCUGGAUGUCCUGCUCGAGUACCUGGCCUUUGCCCAGUGCUCUGUUGCGUAUGACAUGGAAAGUACAGAGAGUGUGGCCUCUAGUACAGAGAAGAGCACCAAGCCCCUGGAACAGUCCAUGGAAGACCUCAGCAAGGCGCCACCCUCAUCUGUGCCCAAAAGUCGCCUGACCAUCAAGUGCCCCCCUUCUCCCCGGCUGACCCCCGCCCACAGUAGGAAGACCCUGAGGAAUUCCCGAAUCGUCAGCCAGAAGGAUGAUGUCCACGUGUGCAUCAUGUGCCUGAGAGCCAUCAUGAACUACCAGUCUGGCUUCAGCCUCGUUAUGAACCACCCGGCCUGUGUCAACGAGAUCGCUCUGAGCCUUAACAACAAGAACCCCAGAACCAAGGCCCUGGUGCUGGAGCUGCUGGCCGCCGUGUGCCUCGUGCGGGGAGGACACGACAUCAUUCUUGCAGCCUUUGAUAACUUCAAGGAGGUGUGCGGGGAGCAGCACCGAUUUGAAAAGCUGAUGGAAUACUUCCGGAAUGAAGAUAGCAACAUUGACUUCAUGGUGGCUUGCAUGCAGUUCAUCAACAUUGUGGUACACUCGGUGGAAAACAUGAACUUCCGGGUCUUUUUGCAAUAUGAAUUCACUCACCUGGGUCUGGACCUGUACUUGGAGAGGCUGCGGCUCACGGAGAGUGACAAGCUGCAGGUGCAGAUCCAAGCGUACCUGGACAACGUUUUUGAUGUGGGAACACUGUUGGAGGACACCGAGACCAAGAACGCAGUGCUGGAGCACAUGGAGGAGCUGCAGGAGCAGGUGACACUGCUGACGGAGCGGCUUCGGGACGCAGAGAACGACUCCAUGGCCAAGAUCGCCGAACUGGAGAAGCAGCUGAGCCAGGCCCGCAAGGAGCUGGAGACCCUGAGGGAGCGCUACAGCGAGUCGACCCCCAUGGGCACUUCCAGACGAGCCCCCGAGCCUGAGAAAGUGCCCGCCCCUACCAUGGUGCGGCGACCCUCAGCCCUAGAGCUGAAAGUGGAGGAGCUUGAGGAAAAGGGGUUAAUCCGUAUCCUGCGGGGACCGGGGGAUGCUGUGUCCAUCGAGAUCCUCCCAGGCGCCGCGGCGACACCAAGCGGUGAUGACGCACCGGCUCCGAUGGUGCCCACUGACUCCUCUAGCCCAGCAGAGUCGGUCCCUGGAACAGCAUCGCCGCCGCCGCCGCCGCCGCCGCCGCCCCCACCCCCACUACCCAACCUCCAGUCCGAGCAAGAAGCCCUUCCCUCGGCACCCCCGCCGGCCCCGCCCCUCCCAGGCUGCGCCGAGCCCCCACCUGCACCACCGUUGCCUGGAGACGGGCCGCCCCCACCCCCACCGCCCCCACUUGGUACUGAUGGACCAGUGCCGCCACCACCUCCACCACCUCCUGGAGGGCCUCCUGAUAUCCUUGGAAGACAAGGCCCAGAGAUAGGCCCAGGGAUGAAAACCAAGAAACCCAUCCAGACCAAGUUCCGGAUGCCAUUGCUGAACUGGGUGGCACUGAAGCCCAACCAGAUCACAGGCACCGUCUUCACUGAGCUCAAUGACGAGAAGGUGCUGCGGGAGCUAGACAUGAGUGACUUUGAGGAGCAGUUCAAGACCAAAUCUCAAGGCCCCAGCCUGGACCUCAGCGCUCUGAAGGGAAAGGCAGCCCACAAAGCCCCCACUAAGGCGACACUCAUCGAGGCCAACCGGGCCAAGAAUCUGGCCAUCACCCUGCGCAAGGGCAAUCUAGGGGCAGACAGAAUCUGCCAGGCCAUCGAGACGUAUGACCUGCAGACUCUCAGCCUGGACUUCUUGGAGCUGUUGACCCGAUUCCUGCCCACGGAGUAUGAGCGCAGCCUCAUAGCCCAGUUCGAGAAGGGACAGCGGCCCAUGGAGGAGCUGUCAGAGGAAGACCGCUUCAUGCUGCACUUCAGCCGCAUCCCGAGACUGCCAGAGCGCAUGAACACGCUCACCUUCCUGGGCAACUUUCCAGACACAGCCCAGCUGCUCAUGCCGCAACUGAACGCCAUCAUUGCAGCCUCAAUGUCCAUCAAGUCCUCUGACAAGCUCCGUCAGAUCCUGGAGAUUGUCCUGGCUUUUGGCAACUACAUGAACAGUAGUAAGCGUGGGGCAGCCUAUGGUUUCCGACUUCAGAGUCUGGAUGCGUUGUUGGAGAUGAAGUCGACCGACCGAAAACAGACAUUGCUACACUACCUGGUAAAGGUCAUCGCAGAGAAGUACCCGCAGCUCACUGGCUUUCACAGCGACCUGCACUUCUUGGACAAGGCAGGCUCAGUGUCCCUGGACAGUGUCCUGGGGGAUGUGCGCUCCUUGCAGCGAGGUCUGGAGUUGACGCAGCGAGAGUUUGUGCGGCAGGAUGACUGCCUGGUGCUCAAGGAGUUCCUGAGGACCAACUCUCCCAUCAUGGACAAGCUGCUGGCAGACAGCAAGACAGCUCAGGAGGCCUACGAGUCUGUGGUGGAGUACUUUGGAGAAAAUCCCAAGACCACAUCCCCCUCCAUGUUUUUUUCCCUCUUCAGCCGCUUCACCAAGGCCUACAAGAAAGCGGAACAAGAGGUGGAACAGUGGAAGAAGGAAGCAGCCGCAGACACCUCAGGCAGGGAAGAGCCUGCAGCGCCCAAGUCUCCACCCAAGGCCAGGCGACAACAGAUGGACCUCAUCUCUGAGCUGAAACGGAAGCAGCAGAAAGAACCACUUAUCUACGAGAGUGACCGAGAUGGGGCCAUUGAAGACAUCAUCACAGAUCUUCGGAACCAGCCCUACAUCCGUGCAGACACAGGACGCCGAAGUGGGCGCCGACGGCCUCCAGGACCCCCCCUGCAGGUCACCGCUGACCUCUCGCUGUAGCCACAGUUUCCGCCGGUGGAUUCUCUAGGGCUUUUGGCAGGCUGGAGCCCAAGGAAGGUGGUCCUUAGCUCGGCUGGGUCGGGCAUCCGCUCCUGCUGACUACAAGCCUUGAAGCCCCCCCCCCCCCCCCCCCCAAAAAAAAAAAGCUGCUCGCAGCAUCCUCUCCCUCCAAUAGCCAUACUUAGCCUGAGCGGGAGCCUGGACUGUAACUUAUAAAGUGCACCUCGCCGCCGCCCUAGCCCGAAGGACUCUAUCCUUGGACCUUAUUUUUAUACAAGAUUAAUAAAGAUAUUUG